AUGCGCCAGACGCCCUUGCCGAGAUGUAAUCAAGCCCUACAAGCCUUACCAAAAGCUGUACGGCCAGCGCUACCAGCGUCCGCAGAGAGCCCUCAAACCGGGCUUCAUGGAACUUCCGAUCGAGCUGCAUAUCAAAAUGUACAGCUCUGGCCAGAUAUAAGGGUCCGCCAGCAAGACUUCUGGCAGCGCCGCCACGAUUACAAGUUCUACCGUCGUAUCUUCAACCGCAAAAAUGUCAACCUUGCGCUCCUUCAUGUCUGCAAGAGAGUGAACGCAGAAGUAGUGGAGGUGUCCCAUGGACAGAAUGAGCUCCGUUUCUCAGGUACUCAUGGCUUCAUCGUAGCUGCGGCAUUCGUUUACACCAUAGAGGUACAGAACACGCGAUGGCUUAUGGACCUGAGCAUUGCUAUGCCUCCUUGCUCCGAGGAUCGCUCUUACUAUGCAAAUCAAAACAAUCCCGACCCUGGCAGGCUAUCCCGAGACGUCGGGGAAGGUUCCUGGGCCGGAUUGCAUCACAUGCAAAUCGUAAGAAGUGGUGGAGCCAUGUCGACGCGCUGA